GGUAGAGCUGCUGACGUUUGCGCCGCGCACGACUGUGUCCGCCAUGUUAGUGACUGACGCAGGCGCCAUUACAGGAGAAGUCUCUCUCGAGCAUUGGGUCAGAGGUCACGAGCCAGCUGAGCUCAAACCCUGGUGCAUUCUAAUCUCGUCAGGAGCCAGGCGCAUCACGAGACUUUUGCACAGUAGCCGCUUUCAUCUUCCUGCUGAAUUCCUGCUUUGCAGAUAGCACAAUGGCAGCCCGAGUACUUGUCAUUGGCAAUGGAGGACGGGAACACACGCUGGCCUGGAAACUUGCACAGUCUACUCAUGUCAAACAAGUGUUGGUUACCCCAGGAAAUGCAGGCACUGCCUGCUCUGAGAAGAUUUCAAAUACUGACAUCUCAAUCAGUGAUCAUACUGCCCUUGCGCAGUUCUGCAAAGAUGAGAAAAUUGAAUUUGUAGUUGUUGGACCAGAGGCACCUCUAGCUGCUGGAAUUGUUGGGAACCUGAACUCUGUGGGAGUUCGGUGCUUUGGCCCUACAGCAGAAGCAGCUCAGUUAGAGUCCAGCAAGAGAUUUGCCAAAGAGUUUAUGGACCGACAUGGAAUCUCAACAGCAAGAUGGAAAGCUUUCACUAAACCUGAAAAAGCCUGUGACUUCAUUAUGAGUGCAGACUUCCCCGCUUUGGUUGUGAAGGCCAGUGGUCUUGCAGCUGGGAAAGGGGUAAUUAUUGCCAAGAGCAAAGAGGAGGCCUGUGACGCUGUCAGAGAGAUUAUGCAGGGUAAAGCAUUCGGAGAAGCAGGAGAAACAGUUGUCAUUGAAGAACUUCUUGAAGGAGAAGAGGUGUCUUGUCUGUGCUUCACUGAUGGACGGACUGUGGCGCCCAUGCCCCCAGCACAGGACCAUAAGCGAUUGCUGGAGGGUGAUCAGGGCCCCAACACGGGGGGAAUGGGAGCCUACUGUCCAGCCCCUCAGGUUUCUAAGGAUUUGUUGCUAAAAAUUAAAAAUACCAUUCUUCAGAGGACAGUGGAUGGCAUGCAGGAGGAGGGUAUGCCAUACACAGGUGUCCUCUAUGCUGGUAUAAUGCUGACGAAGAAUGGCCCCAAAGUUCUGGAAUUUAAUUGCCGUUUCGGUGAUCCAGAGUGCCAAGUGAUCCUCCCACUUCUUAAAAGUGAUCUUUAUGAAGUGAUUCAGUCUACCUUAGAUGGCUUGCUCUGCACAUCUCUGCCUGUUUGGCUGGACAACUGUGCUGCCGUAACUGUGGUCAUGGCAAGUAAAGGUUACCCAGGAGACUACACCAAGGGUGUAGAGAUAACAGGGUUUCCUGAGGCUCGGGCUUUAGGACUGGAGGUGUUCCAAGCAGGCACUGCCCUAAAAGAUGGCAAGGUGGUGACUAACGGGGGUAGGAUCCUUACUGUCACGGCCAUCAGGGAAAAUCUCAUCUCAGCCCUUGAAGAAGCCAGGAAAGGACUUGCUGCUAUAAAGUUUGAGGGAGCUGUUUAUAGAAAAGACAUUGGCUUUCGAGCCAUAGCUUUCCUCCAGCAGACCAGGGGCCUGACUUACAAGGAAUCUGGGGUAGACAUUGUAGCUGGUAAUAUGCUGGUCCAGAAAAUUAAACCUUUAGCGAAGGCCACCUCCAGACCAGGCUGUGAUGUUGAUCUUGGAGGUUUUGCUGGUCUUUUUGAUUUGAAAGCAGCUGGUUUCACUGAUCCUCUUCUGGCCUGUGGAACAGAUGGCGUUGGGACAAAACUGAAGAUUGCCCAGCAGUGCGGUAAACAUGAGACCAUUGGUCAGGAUUUGGUUGCGAUGUGUGUAAAUGACAUUCUGGCCCAAGGAGCAGAGCCCCUCUUUUUCCUUGAUUACUUUUCCUGUGGAAAACUUGACCUCCAUACGACUGAAGCUGUUAUCGCUGGGAUCGCCCAAGCUUGUAGAAAGGCUGGAUGUGCUCUCCUCGGAGGUGAAACGGCAGAGAUGCCUGACAUGUACCCUCCUGGAGAGUAUGAUCUAGCUGGUUUUGCCGUUGGCGCCAUGGAGCGGGAUCAGAAACUUCCUCACCUGGAAAGAAUCACAGAAGGGGACGCUGUUAUUGGAAUCGCUUCAUCUGGUCUUCACAGCAACGGAUUCAGCCUUGUGAGGAAAAUAGUAGCAAAUUCUUCCCUCCAGUACUCUUCUCCAGCACCUGUUGGUUGUGGUGACCAGACCUUAGGUGACUUGCUUCUAACCCCAACCAGAAUCUACAGCCACUCACUGUUACCUGUCCUGCGUUCAGGACGUGUUAAGGCUGUUGCACAUAUUACUGGUGGAGGAUUACUGGAAAACAUCCCCAGAGUCCUCCCUCAGAAAUUGGGGGUGAAUUUAGAUGCCCAGACCUGGAGGGUCCCCAGGAUCUUCUCAUGGUUACAGCAGGAAGGCCACCUCUCUGAAGAGGAGAUGGCCAGAACAUUUAACUGUGGGAUUGGGGCUGCCCUCGUGGUGUCAGAGGACCUGGUGAAGCAGACUCUGCAGGAUAUUGAGCAGCACCAGGAAGAAGCCUGGGUGAUUGGCAGAGUGGUUGCGUGUCCCGAAGGUUCUCCUCGUGUGAAAGUCGAGCAUCUGAUUGAAACCAUGCAAAUAAAUGGAUCAGUACUGGAGAAUGGAACCCUGAGAAAUCAUAUCUCUGUUCAACCGAAAAAGGCAAGAGUAGCUGUCUUAAUAUCUGGGACAGGAUCGAACCUCCAAGCUCUCAUAGACAGCACUAGGGAGCCAGGUAGCUUGGCACACAUUGUCGUUGUGAUCUCCAACAAAGCUGCAGUGGCUGGCUUAGAUAAAGCAGAAAAAGCCGGGAUUCCCACCAGAGUAAUUAACCAUAAAUUAUAUAAAAAUCGUGCAGCAUUUGACAAUGCGGUUGACAAAGUCCUUGAAGAGUUCUCCACAGACAUAGUCUGUCUUGCAGGAUUCAUGAGAAUUUUGUCUGGCCCCUUUGUCAGAAAAUGGAAUGGGAAAAUGCUCAAUAUCCACCCAUCCUUGCUCCCUUCGUUUAAGGGUUCAAAUGCCCAUGAACAAGUCCUGGACGCUGGGGUCACAGUCACCGGGUGCACCGUGCACUUUGUAGCUGAAGAUGUAGAUGCUGGUCAAAUUAUCUUACAGGAAGCCGUUCCAGUGAAGAGGGGUGACACUGUUGAAACUCUAUCUGAGAGAGUAAAAUUAGCAGAACAUAAAAUAUUUCCCUCAGCCCUCCAGCUGGUAGCCAGUGGAGCUGUAUGUCUUGGAGAAAAUGGCAGAAUCUGUUGGGUCACAGAGGACUGAAGCAUCAUCACCCGGGAAUGCAGACAGUUUUGAGAGCAUUGUAGGUGCUGCAGGGUGACUUUUUAUCCUGGACUCUGCCUAAAAGAUGUGUGAGAUAUCUGUGUGUUACCUACAGUGGCCUUUCAGGUUUUACCUGUUCGGGGCCUUCUUGUUCAUAAUCAAACUAGGCCUUCAGAAUUCCUUUUACUCUCAGCCAAGUAUGAUACCAAAACUUAGUCGUUUCUUUUUCAAAGAGCUAACAAGUCUAAUAAGUUAGUAUCUCGUCCCCGUAUUGUAUAUCUGUACUAAUUUGAGACUUCUCGAAUUAUUCUGAUCAUAAGUUGGUAUCAUAAAAUUUCUGGGUAGCUCCCAUUGAGGGAUAGUGUUCUCUGUGCUUUGAAGUAUCAUUACACAUUCCUGUAAUAAUUGACAGUUUCUAUAAUACCCAGAUUUCAGGUUCACAGUUUGGGAGGAUGGAAGGCAAUCUACUCAGAGUAGUAAAGCGUUUAAAGGGACCACAUGGUUUCCCUCCCUGGCCAGUUCUUUCUAGUCUGGAUAUGCAAUUCUGGAACUGGGAGGUCUAGGUUCACACACCGGGCAUAUGCACAUGACCCUACAAACAGGACCACAUUUCUGUCACAGCUGAGCCAACAGUGAAUGGCCACCAGGCCCACAGGCAACUAGCCAGCCAGCCUUAAACUUCUGAGCCACUUUCAAAGGGGCUUAAAAGUUCUGCCUGCCCAGCAAUGGGCACCUUACUGGAAGGUACCUGGAAGCCCUAUACAAGUCCUCCCUUGGAGUUUAAACUCAAAACCUCCAGUACAGGACCCUUACAGUAGUUACACAUAGAAGAUAGUAAGCUCUCGCCUUAGAAUGGGAAAGAGUAGAGGGUGAAGAGAAACAAAGUCAGAUGAAAAGACAGAGACCUUGUAGAGAGACCGUCUUCACUGCCUCUGGUCCAAGCCGGCUUCCCCAGGCAGCUGGGCAACACUACCCUACCUCUCAUUGACUGUAGUCAGCAACUGCCAUCAAAUGCUGUUCCAGGUAUAUCAGUUCAUGCAGGUACCUUUGCUGCAGAAACAGUUGAUUCAUUUUUGUCUAGGGAGUUCAUUCAACAUAAUUAUGUGCCUAUUAUGUACAUAAUUAAGUGCCAACACUAUCCUAUGAAAUUUUUAGAAAGUUGGAAGAUAGAAAGCAAAAUGUUAUUUAGUUGAUAAAAUCACAUCCUGUAAUAAAAGUAGAAGCUGAUACCAAGAUGUAAAUUAGAAAAACCAAUCUAUUUGUGACCUAAUAAAUAUAAUUUAGACACUAAUCCCCACAAAAAGGAACCUGGACUCCAUGGAAGGCAGCUGAUCCAAUAUCUUCAGAUAGGAAGAAUCAAAAUGUGUCAGAAAUACCUGGUUGACAGAACCAAAAAAAUAAAAGCAGGCAGGACUCUUGCAUACUGAAAGGACAAAGGAGUCACAUAGGGUGUUCUGCUGUCUGGUUUGUGAUAAACAGUAUUUGGACAUGUUGAGUGUAUGUACAGCCAUUGUGAUAAACAGUAUUUGGACAUGUUGAGUGUAUGUGCAGCCAUUGGUUUAAAAUGAUACUUGAGAAAAGGUCAUUUAACAUAAGAAAGAGGAAAUGCAUAGAAGGGUGACAACAGAUGUUAAAUUCUUUUGUUAAUGAAAUACGGAUGUUUGUCUUUAA